GAUUAGCUUCUUAAGUGAUAUAGGUACGAAAAUGUUCUCUAAAACCGCUAAAUUGUUACCUAUUACCCGAAGAGUUAACUACACAAUCAUUGAGAAAUGUCAGAGAGGUUGCACCUCUUCUCUGUUCAUCACUGGUGAUAAAGCUCGUGAAUCAUGCGCAAUCCUUACACCUCAUGUUAACUUGGAUGUCAGAUUUGAAAAUUUGGAAUUGUUAAUUGAAAAUGUAAAAUUACGAGGAAUGAACAUUGACAUCCAUCAGGUAAAGACAAGCUGGCAUCAAUACGUUGCUCUAAAGGAUUACAUAUCUCAAUUGGACAAAGAAAAAACGGAAGCAGUGGCAAAAAUGAAGUCUGCCUAUUCUAACAACCCGAAGCUUUUCAAAACUUACGAAACUGAAAAAGACAAGGUCAGAGAAAAAAUGAGUGCAGCUUCCCAGGAAUUAUGGAACUUGGAAAGGACAGCUGUUAUUGGUGGUUUAUCACUCCCUAAUGUACUUAAUUUAGAAACACCGGUAGAUGGCGUUGAGAAAAUUGUUCACAGUUUUGGUUCAAAACCUGUAUCCAGUUCAGAUCAUCCAAGCCAUUUAGAGGUGGCAGAGAAGUUGGGGCUUCUUGAAUAUUAUGAUUCUUCAUACUACUUUUUGAAAGAUAAAGCAGCUCAAUUUGAGAUGGGCAUCAGCUAUUUGUUCAUGGACAAAUUCUGUGACACAGGUUUUGUUCACAUGUCAAAUUCUGAUUUUGGUCGAAGUAUCACUGUUGAAGGUGUUGGUUUGGAUCCACGUGAUGCGGAGUCUGUUUUUAUUCUAGAAAAAGAUUCUAAUGCCAAGGACCCUCUCUCUAGGUUACAUCUGGUUGGAGGCGCUUCUCUUGUUUCUUUUUGUGGCUAUCAUGCUAAAACAAUUACUCACGUUAAACAUUUGCCAUUGCGCUAUAUCACUAUGGGAAGGCAUUACAAUCCAGAAUCCAGUAAUGGAUUACCUGGUUUGUUUUCUACAUGGCAAAGCUCUGCUGUUGAAGCAUUCAUUGCGUCUGGUGACAGCAUUGGAGCGCAGGAAGAAUUUCAAUUGUGCUUGAAGAAAUUAAUUAGUCUGUAUGAAAACUUAGGUUAUCACUUUCGAGUAGAAUAUCUACCACCUAUGAAGCUUAGGCCUUGGGAGAGCUUGCGAGCCAGUGUGCAAAUGUUUUCCAUGUCUUUGCAGCAAUACAUAGAAAUAGGAAGUCUGAGUCUUUGUGAUGAUUUCAUUAGCCAACGUCUGUUGAUGUGUUGUGAAACUAAUUCAGAAAAACCAUUAGGGUUUACACAUGUUGUUUCAGGAACUUUUGUUUCUGUUCCUCGUCUUCUGGGCUGUGUAUUAGAAUAUGAUGGAGAAAAAUUUAGCUUGCCCCCAAAAGUUAUGGCUGCAAUGUAGUAUGGAUAUGAAUGUAUUCCCUGCAAAUUAUAUGGGACAAUUUUUUUAUUUUAUAAUUUCAUUUUCAAUUUUGCCUCUUUUUCUAAAAUAGAACAAAAGAACUUUUGUAUUCUGAAAGAAUACAUGAAUAGUGUAUAGUAAAUAAAUAAUGUGCAGUGAUAAUACUUAGCAAUAUGAAUAAUUCGUCUCCCUCUUAUACUAUUGGGAUUAUCUACUACAAGUUAUGAUUAAAUAAAAAUAUCUACACCAAUUGUUAUUGCUAUUUAAAUCUUUGGUUUAUUUCAAAUACUCUCAUGUUCUAAAUGUUGAAUUCUAAUUAUAUUGUGGAAACAUU